UAGUUUGAAUUGUGUUUCCAGAUUACCUAGAUUUUCUACUUUUAAUUAAAAAUGUCUGAAUGUGAAGAGAAGAAGGUUUUUCGUUUGGAAGAAGUUAAAAAACACAACAAUGUUCAAUCUGCCUGGAUUGUCGUUCAUAAUAAAAUAUACGAUGUCACAAAGUUUUUAGAAGAACAUCCUGGUGGUGAGGAAGUCCUGUUGGAACAAGCUGGACAAGAUGCUACUGAAUCAUUUGAAGAUGUUGGCCACUCAUCCGAUGCAAGGGAAAUGCAAAAAGAUUAUUACAUUGGAGAACUUCACCCUGAUGACCAGUUUAAAGAAAACUCCCGAAGCAAAUAUGUUACCUUAGGAAACGAGGAAUCUCAAGCAAGUCAAAAAUCAUCCUGCUCAUUGCAAUAGCAUCAUAAGGAGACUGCAUUGAGCAACUGGGUGAUACCUGGACUUGUAGCUCUCGGGGUUGCGCUAAUUUAUCGCUUCUACAUGUCAACAUAACUCGUCUGUGUGGAGUGGUUGGCACUUUUACUUAUACGUUCCGAACACCUAAAGUAAUUUGAAUACUAAUCAUGAUAUUUCAAUUUAACGACCUAUAUACACCAAGUUUCAUACCUGCUCUCGUGUACAAACUACUAUCGUAUUGUAACAUAAUGUUGGAUGUAUAUAUAUUAUAAUUCUAGCAAGAAAAAGCUGGGUAUUUCGCCGGAUUUGUUAUAUCUAGGUUUCCUGUUAAAAAGCAUAGCUCAUUAAAGUGUUUGGCUUAUCAAUAAGUCACUAAUAUAUUUGAUGUUCACUAAACUGAUAUAUAGUUGUUGUGUAGUUUUGUAAUUUCGUGCUUCACACCUGCAGCUUCCCGGAUUGUCAAUAACGCUUCAUCAUUGGCAAGUAAUUAAAUUUAUUCGAACCAUG